AUGUCUCAACCAUCAGAACCACCGCCACUCUACAUCGGAUGCCUCAUUUCCCUCCAUGAGCAGCAAGCAGCCCUCAAACUCAUCGCCGACAGCGUCGCCCAACAACGCCAAACCGCCUCACGCGCGCUAAUCUUCAACCCCAUCCUCCUCUCUUUCCUCGCGGCGUGCCUCGCAGCCGCUCACUACAGCUCCAGUGACAUAGGCAACAUGCUGAUCAUCUAUCCCGGCAUCGUCCUCACUUAUCUCGUCGCGGUUCGCUACUUCACCAGUGCGUAUAUUCGCAUUGCGGAGGAGACCAAGUGGGCGAAAUGGGCGAAGAAUGACAUUCUCAUCGGAGCGCGGUUUGGGGAGGACAUCGUUGGGGCGGUGGUUAUGAGGUUGCAGAGGAAGUUGGAGACUGAAUAUGUGGAGGAUAGCACUGGAUGGGAGACUGGGGAGGCGUUUAUGAAAAUGCCCCCGAGGGCGAUUAUCAGGGGAUGGACAACUAAGACAAGGUAUCGGGGGAGGGGACUUGGGGGUGAUAUGCUGGGCAAGAGUGUCGAGAUCGCAAAGGAGAGGAUGGGGAGGAAUUGUCGAGUUGAUUUUGCGAAGGAUCAUGCGAAUAGCCAUAUGCCUUUGUACACAAUCUUCAACGGACCUUUCCUGGAGAGGGAAGCAAAGGCGAAGAGGGCACUUGGAGCUAAGUUGAAGGACUGGGAGAAGAAAAAUCCUUGGCGGUAG